CCUUAAUAUAUCUGUUCUCCCAAGUACUACAGAUUUUUUGAUCUUACCUUAAUGUUUAAGAAUAGUUGAACUAAAAACAAUGGAUACGAAAACAAGUACACACUUGUUUUACAUUGGUAUAUCCUUACUUUACAUUGUCGGUAAAUUUACAGUAACAGGUCAAACUGAUUCAUGUCUACAUCCAAAUGGCACAAAAAUAUGUUGCAGAGGAUGCAGAUCAGAUUCAUACCAAUGCUGGUGUGAUCCAGAAUGUGAAAAGUAUGGAGACUGCUGCUUUGAUUAUAAUGCAGUUUGCCACCCAGCAGCUACAACUACUACUUCAACUACCGAAACUACUGAAACUGCAACUGUUACUUCAGUGCCGGCACCAUCGACUACGUCUGCAAUUACAACUGAAGGUAUAUCUGCUGAUUUGUGUGCAUCCCGAUUAACAAAUCAGUGUUGCCCAACACCGGAUAACAACUGCAGGUCAAAAGACAAAUUAUGCUUUUGUGAUACUGCUUGUUUACUGUACGGCAAUUGUUGUGCAGAUUAUCAUCAGCUAUGUCAAGGUAAAACAGCUUGAAAUAAGAACUAACUCUACUUUCAGGACCAAAGGAGAAUCAAAGUCUUUGAAGUACAGUAACCAUGACAAAAGAAAUGACAAAUGUGUUUUCCAGCACUGAAAGUUAAGAAGA